CAUCAAAACCCAAAUUUAACGAUAAAAGAAACCCUAGUUUCCCCUCUUUUAAAGUGUGAAAGAAACGGCAGACCAAAAAACAAACACAGAAAGCCUCUCGAUUUUUCUCCCUUCUCCCUUUUGCAGAUCUGCGAUGGCUACCAUCACCCUUGUUCCUUCACCUCCGACCUUCACCAUCUCCCUUCUCCCUUCUGCAGAUCUGCGACGGCCACCAUCACCCCUGUUCCUUCACCUCCAACCUUCACCAUCUCCCUUCUCCCUUCUGUAGAUCUGCGACAGCCACCAUCACCCCUGUUCCUUCACCUCUGACCUUCACCAUCCUCUUGCUAGCUAAUCGUCACGCUCAUCUCACCAAUCACCAAGAAGACGAUAUAGAUCUAGCCAGAAGCCCCUUGGGACUCUGACCUUGACAUCUUCUUGCGUCUCAUCAUCAUCACUGCCUCUACCUUCAUCACCGGUAAGGAGAGGGGUUCGGCAGCCACCAGAAAGGGAGGAUCUCUCUUCUUCAAAAAAAUCUGAAGGGGUUGUCACUUGAAGUGGUUGUCAACACUGCCGGUACGUCGGAAUACCGAGCGGAAUACCGCGAUUUGACCGAAAUGAGCGAAAUUUGACCGAAACGAAAUUAAGCUUCAUACCGUUUCGGUGCAAUGAAAAAUCCGGUACAUACGAAACGAUAUUAACUUCUUUGGUUUUAGGAGCUCAAAUAUAAUCUAUAUAAUUCAUUAUCUAUUUUAACGAUUUAACUAUUUAUUAUUAUUUAAAAUCCACCCAUCUCAAGGCCCACAAUUGAAUUUUGUAAAAAAAAAGAAAAAAAACAAGUUAUUGUGUCUUCUAUGCUAUUUUUCUAGUAUCUAGCCCUACUGUUCCAGUGCCAAUUUCUUUCAACCCAACAACUUUAAAUAUAGAAAAAAAAAGUGAAAAAAGAGACUCCACCAUCGGCUCGACGCAAGCAACUGCAACAUUGCUCUUGUCAAUGAAAGCUCGAAGACAAAAGAACCACCAAAGGAAUCACUAACUUAUUAGUAAAAACAAAAAACGACACUUUUUCUUUUUAUAUGAAUAAUAUAUUAUAAUUCAACUU